AUUCCAAACUACGAGAAUUGAUAGAAAGUGAGAUUUUCAGAAUUUAUUGUUUCUCUAGUCCUCUCUCAUCAUUAAAACACAUAUAGUCUCUCUCUCUCUCUCUCUCCAGAGAGCUCCAUAGCUUCUCCGGUCCUGACCACCUCGAGUUCUUGAUCUUUCGUCUCCAUCUAAGAACCCUAAUUUAUUAUAUAUUCUCUCCUCCGUCUCCCCUCAUGUUGAGAUCAUCAGUAACUCUUCGUCUCGCUCCUCUCCGGCUCACAGGACUCUGCCAUGGUUGUUGAUGCUGAAUCAUCCUCCUCAACAAGGCUUCUUCAUUCAUGUGGGGUUUCCAAUAGUUUUGCUUUUAUGAGGUUAUUACAAAAAGCUCAUCACUUCUCUUCUUUCUCUGAGGACGACAACAACAACAGCAAGAAAGACAUUCGCUUAGGAUCUGAUCAUUACCAAGUUUGUAGGAGAGAUUUUAGUUUCAUGGCCGAUCAAGAAGAACCGAGAAGUACUACUUCUAGGUUAAGUUCCAAGGACGACCACGACAACAACAACAACAACAAGAGCAAUAACAAUAAUAAUACCAAGAAUGAAGCCGAAGAUCAUGAGAUGAGACAAGAAGGAUGGCUCCGGUUAAGCACAGGCCACGAGGAUGAUGUUAAACCGGAUCUUGACAAUAAACAUCAAACCAAUCAAACGGCUGGGAGAGACUCUUUUCUAGAGCUUAACCUUUACUCUGGCGGUUCAAAUAGAGAAGAAAGAGUUGGUGUUCCAUUAAUGUCAUCUAUCUUUCAUCAUCAGCAUGAACCAGGAGGGAUGAUGACUAAUCCAUUAAUGUUCCCUACCAGGGCUGAUCAGGAGACGAUUGGUUCUUGGGCGGCUGCUGCGUUUAGAACGCCUUUUGUCCCACAAAACCUAGCGCAACCACCAUCGUCAUCUACCUCUUUGAUGAUGCCAUUCAUAGGACCUUACUUUGGUCGCUCCAGUUUUCAGCACCAGUUAAUAGGGAACAGCAAUAAUAAUAAUAAUAAUAAUCCGGAUGUGGUGGCUGGUCCAAGCUCGAGUUUUCGAGUCAUUGAUCCUCCCAGGCGACCCCAUUCCGGCAUUUGGUUCCUCCUUCAAGCUUCUCAAAACCAGACAAGAGAACCAUUCUUGCCUCAGAUACCCAAGAGCUGCUUGAGAAUCAAGGACGGGAAGAUGACUGUUCGAAUAUUGAUGAAAUAUUUGGUGAACAAGUUGAGAUUGGACCACGAAACCCAGCAGGUAGAGAUAAGAUGCAGAGGGAAAGAACUGGAGCCAGUGUUGACACUACAACACGUGAGAGAUACAAUCUGGAGAGGAAGCAGAGACAAUUCUUCUGUUUCACAAAACCUUAUUACUUUGCUUCCAAACUCAUCUACCUCUGAUCAUCUCAUGGUCCUUCAUUAUGGUAGGACUCUUUCUUAAUUAUCAUAUAUAUAUUCCUAUAAUAUUUUCUCCAUUUUAUUUAUUUUUAACACCAUAUUAUUCUCAAUAAAAACAACUGCCCACCCUUUCUUCUUUUAACUCAACACCUUCAAUUGUCUUCUUCCCUCUUUUUUUUUGCGGGUGGUUUUGAUUAUUUAUAUCUCCUCAAGGCCUUUUUUGUGCGAUUUGUCGAAUGAUCUAUCAAGAACAAAUGAGUAUCUAAUUCAGUAGGAGUAUGCAUGCCCCUGAUUGAUGUUUUUAUUGAUGUAUCUUCUGGGGCUGCGAGUAACA